AGAGAGAGAGAGAAGCGAAAACAGAAACGAAGGAAGUCGAUUCAUCCCCGGCACCCUAGUUGCUACAGCUCCCCAAAUCAAAAGAAGCAGAGGAGAGAGAGAGAGAGAGAUUCAAGGCGUUAAAGAUGCUGAGAGUAGCAGGGCGGCGGCUGUCUUCUCUGUCAUCAUCUUCAUGGCGGUCGGUUGCGCAAACCUAUCCUGCCAUCGUUCCAAGAAAUUCGCUCGCCGCUUCUGAUGAUUCGAACAAUCAGAUGUCCCAGAGAUCCGUUUCGCCAUCCCUCGGCUUUACGGUUCUGGAUCAAAUCAGAGGGUUUUCAUCUGGUUCUCUUGCGCCAGCACAAGAAGUGGGUUUACCUGGAGGUCUUCCUGCCACAGUGGUGGCAAUCAAGAAUCCCACCUCGAAGAUUGUCUAUGAUGAGCACAACCAUGAACGUUAUCCCCCUGGUGAUCCCAGCAAACGUGCAUUUGCCUACUUUGUUUUGACGGGAGGCAGGUUUGUAUAUGCCUCAUUGGUACGUCUCUUGGUACUUAAGUUUGUUCUGAGCAUGUCGGCUAGUAAGGAUGUACUUGCCCUUGCCUCGAUUGAGGUCGACCUGUCCAGCAUCGAGCCUGGAACAACUGUUACAGUUAAGUGGCGUGGGAAGCCCGUGUUUAUUAGGCGUAGAACUGAUGAUGACAUCAAUUUGGCAAAUUCUGUUGAUGUUGGUUCUCUUCGUGACCCACAACAAGAUAUUGAGAGGGUUAAGAAUCCUGAGUGGCUUGUGGUCAUCGGGGUUUGCACUCAUCUAGGGUGCAUACCCUUACCAAAUGCUGGUGACUUUGGCGGCUGGUUUUGCCCAUGCCAUGGUUCCCACUAUGAUAUCUCUGGCAGGAUUCGCAAAGGACCUGCACCCUACAAUCUAGAGGUGCCGACCUACACCUUCUUGGAUGAGAACAAGUUGCUUAUUGGUUAAUAUAUUAGAGGGAUAAAGCUUGUAUUUGAGCAACAGGAUGUAGCUGCUGACCUUUGAUUUUUAUCUUGAAAACCACAUAUUUCUCAACUUCCUUGUUUGUUGUUGCUUGAGCACUGUGCUCUGAAUUUUGUAUUUACGCACAUGUUCUGGACAAUGCAUGCUGUUUGAAUAAUGCAGCUGGCUACUUGUUAAAUUCUUUUACUGGUUUUGGAAUACGCAACUUUAUUUUUGUGCAAA